CGGAAACUCGUCGCCCCUCCUCAUGAAGAAGAAAACACAGCAAAUGAUAAGAGUAUAAUAGCUUAUAGAGAGAGCAUUUUGGGAACAGCCUCCUCCUAUUCACCUUUAAUAGUGUAUCAGCACCAAGCCUUGGUUGCAGGUAUAGGGGACAGAUAACCAGUAUGGCCGUACAAUAUUUGAAACGCACUCGCACUCGAAAUUCUCUGCCAUACGACCUCUUGCACAUUAUCAUCAACCUUCUUAUCUCGACGGACUCGCUUGGAACACUCGCAGCUCUGCAACGUUGUUCACAGGCAUACUAUGAUCUCAUCACCCCCCUCUUGUACACCCAUGUUCACAUUCAUUCGGAUGAUCAACUCCAACGAUUCUUGACUCUCCCCUCUGAGAGUCGUACCCGACGCAAGAGCAAAGGCUUCAGCCUGUUGAGCUCCAAGGCGAUGAAAAGAGCAAGAUCAGGAAGUUUGCAAACGCCAGAGAAGAAACUUCAGGCGUUGACACUCGUUAAGAGUUUGACUCUUGACGUUUAUCCUUCUCGAACUAGUCUCAAGUUGGCCAGCAAGCUUCCCCAAGUCAUCCCGGCCAAAUUCCUUACUUUCACACCAUCUGCUGUUCUCUCACUCCAUGCCAAACUUCUUCGCUCCCAAGCUCCUCGAAUCCUCGCGACAUUCUGGGCUGGACACUUGCCUUCGCUCAUUCAGCCUCAACAGGUCACUAUUAACUACUCGAGCCUUGACGUCAGAACGUUACUCCAAGGGGACAAGAAGGAGAACUGGUGGGAUACCUUUGGAGGCCUUAGUGUGGCCCUGCAACACUGGGAGAAGCUGGAGAAGAUUGAACUGAGGGGCGAGGUUUGGGGCCUCAUAGUUCCUUCGCCAGGAGUCGAGAUGGAGAUGGUACAUACUACUUUCGUGCCUAACGAAGACGUAGUUGACGAGGCAAUUAUGUUCGAAGAGGGAGAUGAGAGCGAUGGGAACAACGACAUACCGCAAGAUGGGAUCCAUAGUAGCACUCCAGUUCAGAUUCCGAAUCCCAAUAUCGCAGUCCUGCCCCAAGCAGCCAACAACAACGACAACGCAGAUGACACCCUGACCCCCAGACAAAAGCUUCUCAAAGACCGCAAGGAAGCUCUUCUUCUCGGACUAUUAGCAAACUAUCAAGUCGUCCAGCAUACCCAACAUCAAGCCCUGGCUACCCAUCCCAAUCAUCUGACUUCUUAUGUACCUCAGCAUUUCAUCACGAACGGUAGACGUUCAAGAAUGCUUUGGAAGUUGAAAGGUUUCUUUCCUCCUCCUGACGGCGAUGUGGAUGAGGAUGGGAUAGAAUGGAAGAGUGACGACGAAAAAAGGGAAGAGUUGGAGAAUGAUAGAAAAGAAGUGGCCUCAUGGCUGAUGAACGAGCUGGACCAGCAAUGUCCGGAGCUGGCACGGGAUUAUGGAAGAAUGAUAGACGGCAGGAGGGAACUAGAUUGUUUGCAAUGGAUUUCUUAGAUGGUGGAGAGGUUAUAUUGAACCAACGAUGUCAAAGUCAGUACUCUUGUCAUCCUCAUUCCAAAGCAUGACGACAACUGACAAAAAUGCAUGCAGAUGACAAAAGGCCAAGAGCUUGAAGGACUUGAUAAAGUAUUUGAAUCGUGAAAAAAAAAAGAAACCCUGACACGACUGUAUAGACUGAAUGAUUGGAUAGCGGCGAUUUUUGCCUGGGGAGACAAUAUAGAGUUGUAGAUUGAUUU